GUUAGCAAGAGAAACCAAUGAGCCAAACCAGGAAGUAGAUACCGGAAGUAGCGUAAAUCCACCUCACCCUUUAUUUUGCCAUCCAUUUCUCUCUAUAUAGGACUGACUUCUCUCCUCUGAAUGGAACGACGGGCGUGGGGGUGAUUUCAUGUGUGACGCAUGUUCCCAUUUCAGGUGCUGUGGCGGGAUUUAAAGAAAAAGGCAAUGUCUUCGAGGUGAUUGAACCGGUGGGAAACCGCCGUGUGUUGACUCGCUAACUCAUGCAAGAGCUACGAGUAUCCGGUCACUGACAGCCUGCUACUUUCUAAACCGACACAUGGCCCUGCCCUCCAGCUAGCCAGGGGAGACGAGGACAAACGCCACAGAGCGCCACCAUGUUCCUAAAAUCGUCCUUUACCACCCUGGUGGUGGGCGUGUUUGUGGUGUACGUUCUACACACCUGCUGGGUGAUGUACGGCAUCGUGUACACCAAACCCUGCGACCCGCCCAAUGGCGCCAACUGCAUCUCGCCUUACCUGGCGGAAAUGCCUAAGCUCCAGAUGAGCAUCUACACUGCCUCUCAGCCUAAUGCAGACGGGGGGCACACCCUCAUCCAUAAGGAGGAGAUUUUUGAUGUACAAGACAAGUUUGAGAGGAUGAUAAACGUGUCUUUGCCUAAGAAGACACGCAGCAAUGGGACGCUGUAUGCGCUUGUGUUCAUCCAUCAAGCCGGCGUGACUCCGUGGCAGGAUCCGCGCCAGGUACACCUGGUGGCCCAGCUCACUACCUACAUGGUGCCCAAACUACCUGAAAUCUCCCUCAUAUCCAGAGAGGACCAAACACAGGGUGCAGCAGAAGAGACCCAGCAUCAAAGGAAACCACGCGAUGGUGGUCCUACAAGAGAAGGGGGAGGAGCCUCCACAUCCGAUCAGCCAGUAUCCCACUGGCGCACCCGCCUGACGCUCAACAUUGUGGGCGACCACUUUGUGUUCGAUAGGGAAUCCCUUCCAAGCGACGUGCACCGAUAUCUACGCGUGUUCCAAAACGGCAAGAAGAUGGUAUAUCUACCUCUGCUGUUUGUUGAUGAGCUCAGCAACCGCGUCAAGGACUUGCUGGAGAUAAAUAGGACCACCAUGGAGCUGCCGUUGACCAUUACCUAUGAUGUCAUCUCUCUGGGACGACUCAGGUUCUGGAUCCACAUGCAGGACGCAGUCUACUCCUUGCAGCAGUUUGGCUUCACAGAGAAGGACGCCGACGAGAUUAAAGGGAUCUUCACAGACACCAACUUGUACUUUCUGGCCUUGACCUUCUUUGUGGCCGCUUUCCACCUCCUUUUCGACUUCCUGGCCUUUAAGAACGACAUCAGCUUCUGGAAACAGAAGAAAAGCAUGGUGGGAAUGUCCAGCAAAGCAGUGUUGUGGCGUUGCUUCAGCACCAUCGUCAUCUUCCUCUACUUGUUCGACGAGCAAACCAGCCUGCUGGUCCUUAUCCCCGCCGGUGUCGGCUCUGUUAUUGAGGUGUGGAAAGUGAAGAAGGCCCUGAAGAUUCAAGUGUUCUGGAAAGGAGGAAAACCAACAUUCCUGUUUGGCAAACUAGACGAGUCGGAGAGAAGAACAGAAGAGUAUGAUACUCUGGCUAUGAAGUACCUGUCGUACCUUCUCUACCCGCUGUGCUUGGGGGGAGCUUUGUACGCGCUAAUAUUCCUACGAUACAAGAGUUGGUACUCAUGGCUCAUCAACAGCUUAGUGAACGGUGUCUACGCCUUUGGCUUCCUCUUCAUGCUCCCUCAACUGUUUGUCAACUACAAAUUUAAAUCAGUGGCCCACCUGCCCUGGAAGGCCUUCAUGUACAAGGCAUUCAACACGUUCAUCGAUGAUGUGUUUGCCUUCAUCAUCACCAUGCCCACGUCUCACAGAUUGGCCUGUUUCCGAGACGACGUUGUGUUUCUCGUUUACCUCUACCAGCGAUGGCUCUACCCAGUGGACAAGACCAGAGUUAACGAAUAUGGCGUUUCGUAUGACGACAAACCCAAAAGGAAGACUCACAAGGACUAAAGAGGAACUUUUCUAUGUUUUUUGUUUUCCAGAAUGUGUGUGUAAGAGGACAUUUUUCUGAGGAUUCUUUUUUUAGACAACAGUCAUUUUGAUCAUGUGAGGUGCUUAAAAUGAUCCUAAUUGUGUUUUUGUUGCCACCUAAUUCCAUGUUGCACAAGUAUUUUUUUUUAACAUAUCACAAACAGGAAAACACAUGAGUGCCAAACAUGAGAGGACUUGUACUUACUGAUACUCUGAUGGGUUUUAAACCGGCACUGAAAGGGACACACACAAGGAAAGAAAGUAUUAAUUGUCACAUUACAUUCUCUUGUAAUCUUUCAAAAAUGUUUUUUUUUUCUUUAAUAAACUAAGCGCAGGUUUUUUCUUCCAA